AUGGCGACUUCAAAUAUAAAAUCUGAAGAUGAAGAACACGAAAAAUGGCAAACUGCUCAAGCGACAACACAUAAUCCACAUAAAUGGGCUGAUUUCAGUGAUGAUGAAAAUGAUGAUAUAGAUAAUCAUGAAUUUUUUGAUGCACAUGAUACUGAUUUUCAUCAAAAUCAAUCACCUUCUACAGAAGCUCAUGCUGAAGCAGAACUUUUACAUAAACGUCUUAAUUCACAAUUAUCUACAAAUGAACAAGAAGAAAAGAAAUCACCAGAAGAUCCAUAUUUUAUAGAUGAAGAAUUACUAACUGAACGUGAAGCACUUCUAACAGAAGAAGAUAAAGAAGUAAUUUCAUUUUUUGAUCAUUUUUGA